AUUGAAUUAUGAAUGUUUACACUUUACAGUAUAUUUCUAGUUCUCCAUAUUUUGAUAAAUUACUUAAUUAUAGUUGGAACUUUGAAUUCCUGAAGCCUAUUAUUUUAUUGAUUAUUUAUAUUAAUUAAAUGUAAACUCUUGGUAAAAUAAGAGUCAUAAUAUUAUAUAGGUAUUUAAAAAAUUGAAUAUGUCAUGUAACUCUUGCUUAAAAUCGUAUUCAUUACUUCGACCAGAGAAGGGCUGCCCAGGUUGUGGAUUUAGUUAUUGUUCGAAAUGCAUAAAGAAUAAACUAUUUUUAACUAAAUAUAAUUCAGAAGUAAAGGUUUGUGGCAAAUGUAAAAAUGGUAUUGAAUCAAAACCACCAUCAGGAAUACCACCCCCAGAUGCUUAUUACAAAACUGGUGCUACACAACAUAAUGCACCUAUUUGUUCAAAAGAUGAUUCCAUAGAACAAGAAAUUAAAUCUAGAUUAGAAAAACUAAAAGAUGGAAGUUGCAGUACUCAAGUCACAAUUGGACAACCUAAUCAUAGUUUGGAAAAAGAAAUUGAAGAAAGGUUAAAACUUCUGAAAGAUAUUCCAACUACAUCACAGACAGAACUGGAACAGAGAUUAGCUAACAUUAAGGGUAUACCAGUUAACAAUAAACCCACACUGCCACCUAUAAAUACAAAAACAGAUGAAGAACAAGCAAAUGAUCUUUUGAAACAAUACAUGGAUCAAAAUCAUAUUGAAAGUCAGUAUAAGGAUGAGUUUGACCAAACACUGCAUAAUAUUGAGGAAAGAUUACAGAAGUUGAAAGGAGUUGAUGCAUCUAAAAUAAAUAUUGGAAUAAAAAAUAAGGAAACUGAUGACUCGGAAGAUGAAGAAGAAACUGCUAAAAGAAUAAUAGAUAAGGCAAAAUGUGAAAUGGAAAUGUUGGAUAUUGAGAUAGAUGUUCCAAGCAAUGAUGAAUUGCCGUUCUGUGAAAUUUGUAAUGAAGAUGCAACCGUAAGAUGUCUGGGAUGCAAAUACCUGUUUUGUAAACGGUGCUUCAUGGAACAUAAAGAUGAUGACGAUGGCUGUGAUAAAUAUGAAACGUAUAAACCUCCUAAAGGUUUUAAAUAUUAAGAAUGAAAUUAUGAUAUAAUUUUAACAUCAAUAAUACACAAAUAUAUUUGUAAUUUUAAUGUGA